GCGUUCCCGCGGGCUCCUGGGAGGUGGUGGCCAGCGCCCCUGCGGGCAGCGCAGGGCCCUGCCCUGAGGGGCCAGAGGUCCCCCAAGGGGCACCUGGCGUUUGGCUGGGGGAAGGGGCGGAAAGUAAGCAAAGGGGAGAAGCUGCCAAGUGACUAAUCCCGGAGAUGCCCUUUCCCGAGGCGCUGCCAAGCGCCCCAGAGCCCUGCCCCCGGAUUUCAUCCGCCUCGACCCAUCCCCAGCCCUUUGGGGCAGAGGAGCAGCGCGGGCUCUAAACCCCGGACGAUUUCUGCGACUGGGGCCGGACCCAGGGUCCGGGGCUCGUCUCCUGGGCGUCCUGGAGCUGCGCUCUCCAAGCCUCCCCCAGGCGAGGGCGUUUGGGGAGCUGCGCGGAGCCAGGGGUUCGGAGGAACCAGGCGUGUAUUUUCAGCUGCGCCUCAGCCCCGAAAUGUGACUGUAAUUGACUAGCUCGGGAGGCCCCUAGGCUCUGGAUGGAAAGGGUAGGAUACGCUAAAAGCCACUGCUUUCCAUGGGAAUUGAAGGGCCAGCUGGUGGCAAUGACAGUGACCUGGAGCGAGGGGGUCAGCAGACAGCCGUAGAGAGCAAGCGGCUCCUUCCAAGGGGGUGACUCGGGGGCCGGGGGCAGGCUCCUGCCACUGUGUGGUGCAGCCCUCGCAGAGAACGCCAGUGAGGUCCUGCACCCAGGGCAGCAAGGGGCCGCCUGACCCCUAACCCUUGACCCCUGCUUAGGAGCUUGAGGGACAUCAGAGCCCCCCGUGCUCUCCCCGGAAGAUGAGGACCCUGAACACCUCCACCGCCUCCACCAUGGACAGGGCCGGGCUGGUGGUGCAGAGGGAUUUCUCCUUCCGCGUCCUCACCGCCUGCUUCCUGUCGCUGCUCAUCCUGUCCACCCUCCUGGGGAACACACUGGUCUGUGCCGCCGUCAUCAGGUUCCGGCACCUGCGGUCCAAGGUGACCAACUUCUUCGUCAUCUCCCUGGCCGUAUCAGACCUCCUGGUGGCCAUCCUGGUCAUGCCCUGGAAAGCGGUGGCCGAGAUCGCCGGCUUCUGGCCCUUCGGGUCCUUCUGUAACAUCUGGGUGGCCUUCGACAUCAUGUGCUCCACGGCGUCCAUCCUCAACCUCUGCGUGAUCAGCGUGGACAGGUACUGGGCCAUCUCCAGCCCCUUCCGCUACGAGAGGAAGAUGACCCCCAAGGCGGCCUUCAUUCUGAUCAGCGUGGCGUGGACCUUGUCUGUGCUCAUCUCCUUCAUCCCCGUGCAGCUCAGCUGGCACAAGGCGAAGCCCACCGGCCUCUCCGAGGGCAACGCCACGUCCCCGGGUGAGACCAUAGACAACUGUGACUCCAGCCUGAGCAGGACCUAUGCCAUUUCCUCCUCCCUGAUAAGCUUCUACAUCCCCGUGGCCAUCAUGAUUGUCACCUACACCAGGAUCUACAGGAUCGCCCAGAAGCAAAUCCGGCGCAUCUCGGCCUUGGAGAGGGCGGCGGUCCACGCCAAGAACUGCCAGACCACGACGGGCAACGGGAAGCCCGCGGAGUGUGCGCAGCCCGAGAGCUCCUUCAAGAUGUCCUUCAAGAGGGAGACGAAGGUUCUGAAGACGCUGUCGGUGAUCAUGGGGGUGUUUGUGUGCUGCUGGCUGCCCUUCUUCAUCCUGAACUGCAUGGCGCCCUUCUGUGGGACCGGGGAGACCCAGCCCUUCUGCAUCGACGCCAUCACCUUCGACGUGUUCGUGUGGUUUGGGUGGGCUAAUUCCUCCUUGAACCCCAUCAUUUACGCCUUUAAUGCUGAUUUCCGGAAGGCAUUUUCAUCCCUCCUGGGAUGCUACAGACUCUGCCCUGCAACCAAUAAUGCCAUUGAGACGGUGAGCAUCAACAACAACGGGGGCGCGGUCUUCUCCAGCCAUCACGAGCCGCGAGGCUCCAUCUCCAAGGACUGCCACCUGGUGUACCUGAUCCCACAUGCCGUGGGCUCCUCCGAGGACCCGAAGAAGGAGGAGGCAGGCGGAACAGCCAAGCCCCCGGAGCGGCUGUCCCCGGCCCUGUCUGUCAUCUUGGACUAUGACACGGAUGUCUCCCUAGGAAAGAUCCAGCCCAUCACACAAAAUGGACAGCACCCAACCUGAACUCCGAGGGGACUCCUGCCAGCCAUGCUCACCCCCAAAGCGAGAGGGGGUCUCUGGGGCUUGCUGUGAGACUUGGGGUGUCAGGCGAGCCUUCCUCUGCUGCUUUUCCUCAAACACAACUAACUCUGUUUAAACAUACAUCCCGGUGUGUUUUCUGUGUUCUUCCUGGCGAAUCAAAGAGUCACACAUGUUGAGGCGAGGGCUCACAAGGGACGUGUCUUUGGCUCCAAACUUCUUUUUAGAAACGGAUUCUUUAUCCUAGGACUCAAAAAUAGGGCAAAGAAUCCACAGUGAGCCACUUCGCUUAACAAUCAAACCUUUCUGGGAAGGCAGUGAGGAGGGUUGAGUGGGCCGUGUGCUAACAGGUGCUAACGGUGGUCGGAGCACAGCUCUCCUAGCGUGAAGGUAGGUGCCUGCCUUCCUCAAUGAUUCCUCCAAAAUAAUUGAGCCUUAGAGUGCGACUGCGAUUGUUUUUUUUGUUGUUGUUGUUGUUUUUUCAGAACUGAGAGAUGCUUUGUGGAUAUUGGUUUUAUUUAUUUAUUGUACUAUAUGGAUAUUUUUAACUUAUAAUAAAUCUAUAUUUAUCAUAUUUUAACAGGACACACGAAUGAGUUAUCUGAGACCUUCCAAUCACAUUUUUGUCCCCUUAACUAGCACUUUAUAAGCCAAGGGAACAAACACGCGGGCUCUCUGAGAGCCUCAGUGCCCAUGUGUCACUCCCAGCAGCACAGCCAAGACCGAUAGGAGGGAGCUUGUGCCAAUUCCGUAAAACCCACGGGCAUAAGUAAAGAUGAGGUGAGAGCUGACAGAUGCUGGGAACGUUUGUCCCCCUAGACAUUGUGAGAAACUUCAGAACGCAUAGUAGCUACCACUGUAUUCAGAACCUUUUAAGCGGCGGAGACCUGCAGUUCUGUAAAUACCUUUUCAAAAGCCAGCGUAAGAAGCCAGCUCGAACUGUAUCAUCUUAGUGGUAAUACAGAGCACAUGCCACUUCCUACUUCUGUAAAAUAACCGGCCCUCUCGUGUCUUCUCUCAGCCCACGUGUCAGAGAGCUUUUCUGAGCCAGACAGGGGCUGUCCUGGCUCCAUGUGCCGUGCGGACAGCGGGUCUCCUCGCUCCCGCACCCGGCAGCCGCCCCCGUGGACAGAGGGUGCAUCCCGCCCCUCCUCUCACCCAACAGACCACGGCUGCUUCUGUAGUGCUUUCAUCUGCAUUUAGAAUCGCUUUUUUAAAAGUCUAAAUGUUAAUGGUAUCCUAACAACUAGUGCCUCAUGAUCACUCUCUGGUCAGACACUUCUUUUGGAAAAAAACAGGAGACCCUGCUCUCUGGGCGUGUCAAGCAUCCCAGAGCCGCCGGUAUCUCUUUUGACAAACGCGAGCCCUCCCUCCGUGCUCUGGGUCACGCUCCUCUGUCACCAGCAGGACUGUGAGACACCCCCUGGUCACCCUCGCGAGAUGCUGGUCCACGUGGGGCAUGUCGAGGGAAUUUCUGUGCAGCGUUGACAGCGUUUCCUGGUGGGUAAGCCGUGGACUUGCCGUGCAGAUGAAGCGGGGAGCACGCUGCUGGCCGUGACCUCCCGCAGCAGGUCCGUGUGACAUGUGCAUUGUGGAUGUUUCCUACCUGGACUGCUGUAUGCUUUCUUACAUCUAAUAAAACUAUUUUGUGAACUCACA